GAGUCUGUGAAACAUUUGCUUAACUGUACUCAGUACUAUACAUUACUACGACGAACUAACGAGUUACAACUAAGUAUUUCCCUUAUAUCAGCGAAAGUUGAAAGGAUGAAUUUUUUGGAAAUUAUUUGCUCAAAUGUUAUUGUCCUCAUUCAUCACUGUAUUGAUAAAGUGGAGGGCAGAUCCCUAUUUACACAUGACGAGACUUACUACGAGUAUGUGCCAGAUCAGCAACAAUGGCAUGCUGCUCACAAACUCUGCCAUCAGCGUUCAGGGACCCUAGCUGUGGCAUCCAGUGCUGAAGAGAUCCAAAACCUCACAAGUUUUCUAUGGUCUCUCAACAUCACUCAGCCUGUAUGGAUUGAAAGAGCAGACAUUUCCAAGAUAAGCAGCCCUCCAGACAUGUACAUGCUGGAGUUUCCGGUGCGUCCUCACCAAAAAUCAGCACGCCUACGCCACAAGUUCCCUAACAUGGAGGCGCUGACUGUUUGCAGUUACCUCCAGUUUGAACCUACUUGCCAUGGACUUUCCACUGUUUUCUCAUAUUCCAUAAAGAAGUUAAUUAAUGAGUUCCAACUCCAAGCACAAAUUGUGGAGAACAAACCCAUCCAGCUUGCACUGCUGGUGCAUGGUUCGAAAACUACCUACGUAUCAGCCUUUGCCAACGAUGCUGUCUGGCACUUUUUAUGUGUGAGCUGGGUCGGGAAUACUGGCAAAUGGACCAUCUGGGCGGAUGGAACAAAUGUGGGUUCUGGGAGUUCCCUCAACUCUUCAAGCCAUAUUGAGGGCAAUGGCUUAUUCAUCAUUGGACAAGAGCAAGACUCGUUUGGAGGCUACAAAAAUGAUAAGGCCCUCUGUGGGAACAUUACACAGCUGUACAUGUGGGAUCGUUUCUUGGCCGACAGUGAAUUUCGAAGCAUGGAAAAAAUUUGUUCACCCGUUCCUUCUGGCUUGUUCUUCAAAUUGAAUGAGUCUGUACUGGAAAUAGAGACCUCUCUACAGACACGUUGGGGGAAAUCGCCAUGUCAAGGUAUCAAAAGUCAAUCACCAGACCAACUUAUCAUCCCUUGGUUGGGUCCAAGAUUGCCUCAAAAUGUUUCUGCUGAAGAUGACUUAAUUUCUAACAAUGAGGCCUGUGUUACCUUUCACACUGCAAGUGGAAAAUUGAAUUAUGACUUUUGUACGAUACGUAAGGGAAGUGUUUGCCUGUUCCACAAAGAGAACUCAUUUGGUUUUCCCGGGACCCUGUUCUUCACACAAGUCAGAAAUGAGUUAAAUUCCAAACCUGACACUGUGAAUAAAAAUGUUACUUUAUUCCCAGCAAAUGAACUUAAUCGCAGUAGUGCUCUCUUGAGUACCAUUUUGAAAGUUAUGGACAGCAAUGUCAACAUAAUCACACAUUCUGAUCUUAUGUACCUCAUUGAAACCAUCAAGAAGGCAUCAGCCACUCAACACAAUAAAAUAGCUGUUCCUUCUGAGGUCUUCAUGUCCAUUAUCAGCAAUUGCUUGGAAUUAGCUUACAGACUCAUUGACCCUGAUAUGGCCCAACAGUGGAAGGAUUUGAAAGCACAUGGGAAUUACCACGGACCAUUGACAGUUGUAGAGAGCAUUGACAAGCUGCUGUGGACACUGGCGGAUUCACUCUGGCCCGAACGCAAAAGCUACACAAUAUCAACGAAGUACAUUGGUGUUCAUCUGGAGCCACGGAAGUUGUCACAGAUGAGCUGCAGUUGUAUGUACAAGCCCUCAGUCCACGGCAGCCAGUUCAACAGCCAUGAUGAGAUCCUCAUCCCAGAGACAGAAGUGCAAAGAGUCUUCUCUCUAGGCAACGAGGAAGUGAUGAUUAUUUAUACCUACUACAGCCAUCUAUUAGAGAUGUUGUCCAGACUGGAGGUGAACACCCCUGCUGACCAAAAGACAGAUAGCAAGAGUCGUCACACUGGUCAUCUAGCCACUGCAGUUAUAUCAGCUACAGUGCGAGAUGUUUCCAGGGCAGAGAAUAUUCCUGUCUCUGUCCAGUACACCCUGUCCACUGGGAUUAUGAAUGAGGACUCCAAACGAGUCACACCUGUUUGUGUGUUUUGGAAUGUUAGUUUCAUGGCUGGUCACAAUAGUGAUUGGUCAAAUAAAGGAUGCAGAGUGUUGCCUUCUGCUCCUGAUGUCACUUCCUGCCUCUGCAACCACACCACAAACUUUGCUGUCCUCAUGAAUUAUUUGGAGCCCGGGUGGAGCACCGAACAGGAGAACAUUUUGACGAAGCUGACAUUUAUCGGAUCUGGAGCCUCUCUCUGUGCGCUGGUGGUGACCUUGAUGCUGUUUACCGUGUUGGACAUCCCGAAAUCAGACCGGACAUCAGUUCACAAGAAUCUUUUUGUAUCUUUGACCUUCGCCCAAAUUGCCCUUCUUUGCAGCGGUUCUGCCAUUCAUAAUAAGGUGGCCUGCAUGCUUGUGGCAGCACUGAUGCAUUUGUUCUUCAUGGCAGCGUUCAGCUGGAUGCUGGUCGAGGGCCUGCUGCUCUGGAGCAAAGUAGUGAGCGUUAAUUUGAGCGAGGACCGCCACAUGAAAUACUACUACUUGAUUGGCUGGGGUCUGCCUGUGCUCAUAGUCACCAUCACGCUGGCCUCUGCUUCAGGGAAAUAUUCUGCAGACGGCCACUGUUGGCUCAGCGUUCAGAACGGCGUAAUAUGGGGCUUUGCCGGCCCGGUCAUCUUCAUCAUUAUGGUGAAUAUCAUGAUUCUGACCCGUGUGGUGGUCAUCACUAUCACCACAGCCAAGAGAAGAUCUUUGAUGAUGACCCUGAACAGCAGUGCAGAAGAGCAUGUCUCUGAGCAGAUAAGGGUGGCAGUGAAAGCUGUGCUGGUUUUGUUACCGAUUCUGGGCCUGACCUGGCUGUGUGGAGUUCUGGUGCCUUUCUCCGUGGUUAUAGCUUACAUCUUCUGCUUUCUCAACUCAUUGCAGGGUCUCUUCAUCUUCCUGAUAUAUGGCCUGUACAACACUGAGGUUCGAAACACAGUCAACAGAAUCAAAGAAAGAAGAAAAGCCUUAAAUUUCUCAAACUGCGCCAGCUCCAGACCGUCCAGUUCAGUCGGCAGUUCUCGGCCGGGCAGCUCUCCUGUGCCAGGGGCUCUGGAUGGACACAUAGUUAACACCAGCCAAUCCAGCAGCUCGUCAACCCACAGCGACAGCGGCACUCAGAGUUGCAGCAAAACGAGGCAUCUGUCGCUCCUCUGUGUGCAUGACAGCCUUAAUGAAGACUCCCGAUGUCCUGACACAUGUGUCCACCUAUCUGAACAGGUGCAUUUAACGAAACCUAAAGGCUGCGUGCCAAAUGAAUGCAAUCUGAACGUGCCCACAGAAGUUGAGCUGAUAUCUCGCCAUUCACCUCCACAGCAAAAUGGUGACAUGUAUCUUCAUUGAAACUUCUCGUGUUCUUCUCGUCUCGUGUUUGCCAAAGUGAAGUUAGUUUGUCUGUUAUUGACCUCAGUGUAAACAAUUUCUUAUAUGUUUCAAUAUAUUGUUUGUGUACAUUUGUAAUUUAUCUCUGAGACCAGAUUCCAUCACAUGUAGAAUGUUUUGAAAAACUACUCUUAUACUGUUUUUUGAAUGUCUGACGUUAAAUGCUCCUUUUUUUUUAAGUUUAAGCAUGAAUAAUUUAAAGAAUUAAAGGGUAACACUUUAGAAUAAGGUUGUAUUUGUUAACAUUAACUAAAUAUGAACAGUACUUUAACAGCAGUUAUUAAUCUUGAUUAAUGUUCAUUUGAACAUAAGUUUUUUGGCAUAAUGUUGAAUCAUUUCAACCUGUCCCUCCUUUUUCUUAAAAAAAAAAAAAGCAAUAAUUGUGGUUCCAGUGAGGUACUUACAGUGGAAGUGAAUGGGGGCCAAUUUUUGGAGGGUUUAAAGGCAGACUUGUGAAGCUUAUCAUUUUAUAAAAGCACUAACAUUAAUUCUCCUGUUAAAACUUGUGUAUUAUUUGAGCUUGUUUAAUUUGUAUUUUUUACAGUCAUUUUAGGGUUUACGCUGUAACGCCAUCAUGGCAAUUAUAUAACUUUACACAGAAAAGGUUAAUAAGUGAUUUGAUCACGCUAAAAUCAUGUUAACACAUAUUGUUUACAUCUUGUGGUUAUACUUUUGAAACAGUGAGUAUAUUAACGUUUACGGAUUGGCCCUCAUUCACUUCCAUUGUAAGAGCUUCACUGGAACCUCAAUUUCUUUUAACUCUUUUCCCGCCAAACACGGAAUUUUCCGGGUUUUAUGAAAAAACGCUUCCCCGCUAAACACAGAAUUUUCCGGGUAUCCGUGUUUUAGGUGGUAUACGGUAAGGAAGACCCACGCGCAAGUUUUGAAAGAGUACGCAACUCUUUGAUCAAAGAAACAGACUGCGAUCGUCUCAAACGUGAAGUGGAACACCAUACUAAUACUAAAGCACUUGUUUGAUAAAAAUGCCUUUUUCUCAGCUUUUUGUCCGAAAUGUUGUUUUUGACAAAACCUACCUCUGUUCAAGUGGCAAUAAAAAAAGAACAAAUGAAGAUAAAAUAAAAUCGUUUUUUUUUUUUGCCUAAAAGCAGAGGCUCAGAUCUUUAUUCUGAUAUAUAGCAUCUUCAUAUAUUCAUGGCAGAAAAUAUUCUGCGGGCCAUUAAAGUGUAGCGAAAAUCGUCAAAAACCCUGGCGGUGGCUGGCAACUUUUUUAAAAACGCUGGCGGGGAAAGAGUUAAAAGAAAACGAGGGAAAAGUCCAAAUUUAUUUAAUUGGUAAUUAACAUCAUACCACAAAUGCUGUGGAUUGAGUUAACUUGUAUUGAACCCAGAAUAUUCCUUUAAAAGUAUUUUCUAACCUAGAUAAAAUCAGCUGAAAGUCGUUUUAAAGGCGUAAUAAAUAAUUAGAUGUAAUAAUAUCAUUUUAAAAGGCUACAAAGACAAACAUUUUUCUUUGGAAUAACAUGCACUGACAUAUAUCUUCACUGAAUUUUUUUUUUUUUUGUCUUGUGUUGGGCAAAGUGAAGAUGAACUAACAAUAAACAAGACUUUAACAGCACUUAUUAAUCUUGGUUAAUGUUAAAGCUAAAACGUAAACCAUUUUUUUAAUACAUUACAUUAACAUUAGUUAAUGCAUUAUGAAUUAACAUGAACUAGCAAUGAACAGUUGUGUUUUUAUAAAUUAACAUUAAACAAGUUUAAUAAAUGCUGUCUAAAAUAUUGUACAUUGUUAGAUCUUGAUA